CGAGGGGAGAAGAGCAACACUGGGCACAACUGAGGCGAUUACUUCAGGAGCCAACCACAAAAAAUGGCCAUCAUGCUGAGACCGUGGAUGAUGCUUGCGGCGCUCGUCGUUUGUCUGCUGGUGUGUUUGAACAGCUUUGCAGACGCCUAUCCUCCCAAACCGGAGACCCCGGGGAGCAACGCAUCACCGGAUGAAUGGGCCAGAUAUCACACAGCUCUCAGGCAUUAUGUCAACCUCAUCACCAGACAGAGGUAUGGGAAGAGGUCGACCCCCGAGCAGGCAGUGGCGUGGCUGCUGUUUGGUGCCGAUUCAGAUCAGGACGCUGAGCCACGGUGA